AUGUCUAAACAAAGCGGGUGGAACCAAUAUUAUCACCAAGGUCAAGGUUACGAUACAAGGGGAGCUGGUGUCGAAGAAAAGGGAGUAAGUCCUAGUGACCCUUCCUUCUGGGCAUCUUCCGAUAGCCGGCUUAAUACUGCACCUAGUGCACCACCAGCGUCCGUUAUUGAUUUUGAAGAUACACAGCAUGAAACUCACAGAAAUAAAGAAGCUUUAGAAACUGAGAGUGACGAAGAUUAUGCUAGACGUUUGUAUCGUGAAGAUCGUGAAGAAUUAGACAAGCAACGUAAUAGGCAAUAUGGACAGUAUGGAGAUGGAGUUUAUCAUAAUACUUCAGGCGAACCAGGCGGUUAUGAUACGUCAGGACAAAUUGAACAAGGAUCUAGGAUUCCAUCAGUACCACAAAAUCAACCUCAGGCUAAACCAAGACCAUGGAAUAGAGCAUACUUUACCUACGUCGCCACUGCUCCCUUUUCUAGUAAUCCUAUGAUUGGUCCUGGUCCGGAGACUCUUGUUCAACUUGGUGCUCGAUUUGUUCCCUGUAUGCGAGAAGUUUCUAGCGUAACUGCUUCUACUCCUUUACAAUGUCCAACAUCUACGGGUGGAAAUACUAUUUGUUAUUUAGAAGCUUAUUGUGGUCUCGGAGGAUUUCACGGUGGUGGGCCUAAUCAAUGGUUUCGAUUUAUAACACCAAUUUUCCUUCACGCUGGUGUAAUACAUUUUCUUUUCAACAUGUUAUUCCAAUUGACGACUGGGAGACAAGUUGAAAAUGAAAUUGGUUGGUGGCGUUAUGGAAUUAUCUAUAUGGCUAGUGGGAUAUUCGGAUUUAUCUUUGGAGGAAGUUUUUCUGGGCCAUUAAUUCCUUCUAUGGGUGCAUCUGGCUCUCUUUUUGGUAUCGUUGGCGUUUUACUAGUAGACCUUUUACAAAAUUGGAAAAUCAUUCCGAGCCCAUGUUGGGAACUCACGAAAUUAUUAUUAAUUAUCAUCUUCUCAUUCUUACUUGGUCUCCUACCCAGUAUAGAUAACUUUUCUCAUAUAGGUGGAUUUCUUAUGGGACUAGUUACUGGUCUCGCUUUAAAUCCAACAUAUAAUUUUUCGAAAAUUCAUAAAUAUGCUAAUGUAAUUCUUAGAAUCAUAGCGUUGGUAUGUUCUGCCUUACUAUUUUUAUUACUUACGCAAAACUUUUAUUCUGGUGAUCCCAAUGAGAAAUGUCCUUGGUGUAAGUACUUAAGUUGCUUACCAGCUACCGGAUGGUGUGCUGAUAAAAUAGGAAAUAGUACAAUAGGAAGUUAA